AACUCUUCUUACACCCCUUUAUUUUGUUCAUGUCAUUACCAUUUCCAUUCUCUCUUACAUUUGCAUUGCUCAAAUCAUCUUAACUUAUUUAGAGAGUUUGGAUAUGGCUGGACGUAGUCACAUUUACAGCAUUGUGCUGGUUGUUUUACUAGUGUUGGUCGCGUUUUCGAGCGUCAUUGAGGGAAACAACAGGCUUCAUCCAGGAGAUUGUCAACCAAGAUGCAACUAUAGAUGCUCAGCUACAUCACACAGGAAGCCAUGCAUGUUCUUCUGCCUCAAGUGCUGCUCAAAAUGUCUGUGUGUACCAAAAGGUACCUACGGCAACAAGCAAUCCUGCCCGUGUUACAACAACUGGAAGACCCAACAAGGAGGACCCAAGUGCCCUUAAU